AUGGGCACGAUUGUUUACCGGAAGAUGACCCUGGAAGAGGCGAAAUGGAAGUUUCCCGAGCUAAGAAAGGUGGUGCGGAUGGGGGGGGAGUGUAGCCCGGUGGAGGUGCCUGUGACCUACGGCGAGGUGCCUGGUGCUUCUGAUGCCGAUGUGCAGGAGCGGGAUGAGGGAGCUGAGCGGGCUACCGUGGACAGGCCGACACCGGAGGAGCAUGCCCUGCCAUGCUCUGCGAUUGAGAUUAUUCAUAGCUACAGGGACACCACUCUAAAUUCUGGCUUAUCCUCCAUCUCAUUGGCUAUAGCUGCAGGUUACCACUGUGAGAGGGAUAAGGCGGAAUUGCCAUCGGAUCAAGUGGAUGAUGUGGCAGACGCAGUGAACAAAGAUGCGGAGGAGUGGAGCGACGAUAGUGAUGAGUGGUGGCUAGCAGGCCACUAUGACGGGGAGGAAGUGGAGGUGUGGGUGGCUGUACCCGCUCUCACCCUCUGUCCUUCCCCCUCUGUGCCCCUCCCCCUCUUAUCCUCCCCCUCCGUCAAUCCCCUUCUGUCUCCCCCCCUCUGCCCUUCACCAUCUGUCACUCCACCUGUGUCCUUCCCCCUCUGUCUCUCCCCCUUUGCCCUCCCCCCUAUGUCUCUCCCCCCCUGUCCCCCCCCCUGUACCUCCCCCCUCUGUCUCUCCCCAUCUGUCCUCCACCCUCUCCCCCUUGAACUUCCACUUCUGUCCUUCCCCUUCUUUCCUCCCCUCUGUCCCUCCCCCUCUGUCCCUCCCCCUCGUUCCCUCCCCUCUGUCCCUCCCCCUCUGUCCCUGCCCCUCUGUCCCUCCCCCACUAUCCCUCCCCUCUCGUCCCUGCACUUUCGUCCCUACCCCUCCUUCACUCCCCCUCUUUCCCUUCCUCUAUGUCCCUCCCACUUUGUCUCUCGCCCUCUGACAAGUGGGGGGGAUGCUGGUGGUGUGCGGGGGGGAAAGGAGGCGGACCAGUGGGGGGAAUGCGCGUGGUGUGAGGGGGGGAAAAGGAGGCGGACAAGUGGGGGGAAUGCGCGUGGUGUGAGGGGGGGAAAGGAGGCGGACAAGUGGGGGAAAAUGCGCGUAGUGUGUGGGGGGGAAAGGAGGCGGACAAAUGGGGAGAAUGCGAGUGGUGUGUGGGGGCCUUCGCUAACGACGGGGAGUGGCGACUUGGGUAGACAUGGGCGAUAA